AUGGCAGCGCCAAAAGAUCUUAAGCCGAAGGACUUCCAAAACGCCUUCCACUGGGCGGCGACGCAGCAAGACGGAGCAGUCCCCUCCUUUGCGACGCGCCCGAACGAUCCGUACGCUUAUCAGCCCGGUUUCAACAACAGCUUCGAGUCAGAGGCUAUCGCCGGCACGAUUCCAAGGGGCCAGAAUAGCCCGAGAAGCAUCAGAUAUGGACUGUACGCCGAACAGGUGACGGCUUCGGCCUUUGUUGCGCCCAGGCAUUCCAACAAGAAAGCUUGGCUCUACCGGUCGCGACCAGCUGUUGCUCACCAGGGAUUUACCGAUCUACCCGAUAACAAAGACACUGAGUCGACUUUUAUCCCGAUCAACCCCCGAGUUCACGUCUCACCCACUCAAUUGGCUUGGAAGCCGUUCCCGAUCCCUGACGGCCAAGAUCUGGACUUUGUCGAUGGUCUCAAGACUGUCGCCGGCUCUGGAGAUCCAACUCUUCGCGAGGGCCUCGCCACUCAUGUCUACCUCUGCAAUAAGAGCAUGACGAAAAGAGCUUUUGCGAACUCCGACGGCGACUGGCUCAUUGUGCCUCAGCAAGGUGCUCUGGACAUCCAAACUGAGUUCGGUUUCUUGUACGUGCAGCCUGGUGAGAUUUGCGUCAUCCAGCGUGGUCUUCGCUUCAAGGUGAACGUUGAAGGACCGACUCGUGGAUACAUCCUGGAGAUCUGGGGCUCAAACUGGGAGCUUCCCGAGUUGGGUCCUUUGGGAGCGAACGGGUUGGCCAACGCGCGCGACUUCUUGCACCCGGUUGCCGCAUACGAGGUCACGAAAGAAGACCCCUGGAAUAUCGUGUACAAGAUCGGCGGAAAGUUCUUCAACAGCACACAACGGCACUGCCCCUUCGAUGUGGUUGCGUGGCAUGGAAACUACGUGCCGUUCAAGUAUGAUCUCACCAAGUUUGUCAACGUGGGCUCCAUCUCCGUGGACCACAUUGAUCCGUCAAUCUUCUGUGUCUUGACGGCCAAGUCCCGAGAUCCAGCUGCGCCCCUGGCCGACUUCUUGAUCUUCUCUCCUAGAUGGGACGUUGCAUCUCACACCUAUCGCCCGCCCUACUACCACAGAAACUGCGCUUCUGAGCUGAUGGGUCUGAUCUAUGGCGAAUACGGAGGUCGAUCCGAUGAGUUCCAGCCCGGAAGUAUCUCGUUUGAGUGUGGAUUUGUACCUCAUGGCGUCGCAUACGAGCAGUUCGCUGCUGCAUCUAAGGCGGAUCCCCCUCAAAUGCAGAUUUCGCUCGGCUCCAUUGCCUUCAUGUUCGAGACGAGCCGAGCUCUCACCAUCACCGACUAUGCCUGGAACAGCAAAGAGAAGCAUGAGCACGACCCCAAGAUGUGGGAUGACUUGGUCGACAAUUUCUCCCAGUUCGAGAUCGAUCCUAAACUUUUGAGGUCUAACAAGGCAAACCACCUGAGUUGA